AUGAGACGACGCUCCUCAGACUCCAGCCAGUUGCGCCAUCACAUAGGAACCGCUUUCAACAUUCUUCGACAUCUCGCUCCCCAGUACAUCCAGGUCAUCCGCAUCUCAUUUCCCACAGUAACGUUCAAAGAACGGAUUCAAUCGCAACGCGACAAAAGCCACCAGACGCUGGCAGUGUUGGAGUUUCGACAUCAAGUGACCUUUCUGUUACACCUUGACCCGGAAAACCGGCUUGCUACGCUUCAUGCUCCUCGACCCGGUCGUGGCGAGCGCGACGCUGCUGAAGCAUUCUUACACCUUGAUGUGGGAGACUGGGGCUUCUCGGUGAAGCGGUUCACUAUACUUUCGGCUGAGGAUUAUACCCCAGCCAUCGUGGGCGAGGGUCUCUACAGUAUCUCGGGCCUUGCACCAUCGGAGGAGGGCUGUCGGGAUGUACUGGUAUGGCGAUUGGUCUUGCGGUGCAUACUGCCAACUGGUAAUACCCAAGUGACGGAGCAAAUGGAAAUCAACCGCUUUAUCGCCACUCUCGCAGCUUGCUCACGGAACCAACCGUAUAAAUAUUCUGUACUUCUCCAAGAGAAGCAACAGCAUGCCGAGGUAUGCACGCAGGUCCUGCAGGCUGUACAGCACCACCUCCAACAAGACCGGCAACAUCUCGAAGAUGCAUUCAAGAGAAAAAGCCAAGAAUGCGACGUUCGAACGGAAGAACACGCACGGCUCCGCGGCGAUAUCGCGACGUUUUCACUAGCCGAUACAAACAGGCUCAAGGGCGAGAUCGAGCAGCUCGAGCAGGAAUUAGCCAAGCUGAUUGCAAGACACGACAAGAUACAAAAGAAGGUGGAGAGGCUUCAGUCAGGCCAGCUAUUCAUCGCCCAACUGCUUCAGGCUUUGUCGAGCACGUUCGAAACCUCGCUGCACAAUCUUCGCGAGGAGUCGGUGAAGAUAAACGACUUUCUUGCACACCAUGGGGUUGAGAUUCCCUGA